GCCUUGGUGUCACCCAUGGUGGCCUUGGUGUCACCCAUGGUGGCCUUGGGGACAUCUGAGCUGGCAAUGCCAGGUUUGGUGUCACUUGUGGUGGCUCCCAUGGUGGCCUUGGUGUCACCCAUGGGGGCAAUGCCAGGCUUGGUGUCACUUGUGGUGGCUCCCAUGGUGGCCUUGGGGACAUCUGAGGUGACAAUGCCAGCCUUGGUGUCACUUGUGGUGGUUCCAAUGACACCCCUGGUGUCACCUGUGGUGGCCUUGGGGACAUCUGAGAUGACAAUGCCACUCUUGGUGUCACCUGUGGUGGCUCCUAUGGUGACAAUGCCAGGCCUGGUGUCACCUGUGGUGGCCUUGGGGACAUCCAUGGUGGCAAUGCCAGGCUUGGUGUCACCUGUCGUGGCUCCAAUGGUGACAAUGCCACUCUUGGUGGCAGCUGUGGUGGCCUUGGGGACACCUGAGAUCACAAUGCCACCACCCUUGGUGACAUCCAUGGUGACAAUUCCAGGUUUGGUGUCACCUAUGGUGGCUCCCGUGGUGACAAUGUCACCUGUGGUGGCCUUGGGGACACUUGAGGGGACAACCCCACCCUUGGUGUCACCCAUAGUGACAACGCCACCUUUGGUGUCCCCUGUGGUGACAAUGCCACCCUUGCUGUCACCUAUGGUGCCCUUGGUGACAUUGCCACCCUUGCUGUCCAUCAACGCCACCCCUACAGUGCCACCAGCACCCUUGGGUGCCACCACGCCCGUUUUGGUGACACCCUUGGUGACGGUGCCACCUCCCUUGGUGACCCCGCCCACCCUCUUGGUGACAAGUGACAUCGGUGACAUCAUCGGUGACAUCAUC